AUGUGGGGAAAUAUUUGGGUGGAAGAGGGCAAAGAGCGGCAGCAGGUACCUGGAACUGGGGGCUUUGGGCAGGCUGGAGAGGGGCGCAACUUUUUCUCUUUCCAGAACAAGAACAGCGGCGAGCCCGAGAGCAAACAGUUCAGAAGAGACGACGAAGAGGAGGCCGUCAGGCACAGGGAGAUCAAACUGCGAAACUACGACCCCGAAGACGAGGAACUGAAGAAGAGGAAGGUGCCGCAGGCCAAGCCGGCCUCCGUGGAAGACGCGGUGAAGGAGCAGCUGGAGGCUGCCAAGCCGGAGCCCAUCAUCGACGAAGUGGAUCUGGCAAAUCUGGCCCCCAGAAAGCCGGACUGGGAUUUAAAGCGAGACGUCGCCAAGAAACUGGAGAAGCUGGAUAAGAGGACUCAGAGAGCCAUCGCUGAGCUGAUCCGAGAACGAUUGAAAGGGCAGGAGGAGGAGCUGGCGUCAGCAGUCGGGUCGGCGAAGCAGGAUGGAAGCGACUCCGACUGAAUUACUCCGUCCGGCAGCCUCGGGCACGGGCUCUGCCAGCAGCACCGAUCCCGUCGCUCUCAGGUACACGCUGAAGCCCUCAAGUCCUGCCGGGCAGUGGCCGUGUGCUCAGGACCUGCUCUGUGCUGGGAAAAGCGUCCAGCUGAGAGGCUAACGUGCGGUUUGUUCUGUGCCUUGACGUUCCCAGACCCUCCAGGCUGUGCAGCGUGUGCCCCCUCCCCUCGGCGUUUUAGAACGGACAAAGUUUGCUGUAAGAAGCCUUUUCAUAAUAAAACGGUCCCGCAGCCGA